GGUUGAACCGGUCUCUGCAGCAGCGGCCAUGCUUCUCUCCUCCUUCUGUCUCCUCCGUGUGUCCCGCUCCUCCUCCGGUUCAUCCCGCCUGCAGCCGCUGCUUCCCCGCAUCCCGGGUUAGAGAAGCCGGCUCGGCUCGGUGGGAGCGGCUCGGUCCGCCUGGAGCCGCCGGAUCCUCGGGAACAGACCGGAACAGGCACCGGGGGAAGAGGAGAAAGCCUCCAUAGCAACAAACCGGUUUCACGGCAUUAUUGUGAUGGAGGGAUGCUAAGGAACCGGACUACUCCUCUGCAAGACUGCUGGGACUCAACAUGCUGGUUCAAGGUCUUUACGCCAAUACAACGGGUUUGAAGCCAGAACAGUGAGGUCAUAGCAAGGUUAUUACGAGGGCUUGACCUUAUCACAAAGUUGACCUCUGGUGGGAAAACUGUGGACCAGGAAAAACUUCCAGUGGAUGAGUAGAGUCCAUCCCGAUCAAUCAUCGGACAUUUGUGGAUUAGUGCAUCAAAGAAGUACCUGAAUUCUACGAUUAUUUAAAUACAGAAGGGUCUGACGGUAUUACAUAAGUUGUGUUUGUAGCAUAAAAUGAAGUUUGAGUAGCGUAACACUGGAUUUACAACAGGAUUAACUGAUAUAGAUCUGGGAUCUUAUUUGGAUUACAGAGACUUCAAUCAAUUAAAACUACAGCCAGGACCAGCACCAGGAAACCAAAAAGCACACCAAGGUUCUGGGCUGACCCAUCUUUGUACUGGUUCUUCAGACGGGUCAUCUGGACUACAUGUAGGACAGUAGUGGAAUUACAGACAUUUUACCAGGACAACAGAUUAGAGAACAAGCUAAAGACAAGUCGUUUCUGCUAGAAGAAGCUAGACACCUGACGACCAGGAUCAAACUCACGUUUACCCUCGUUGGACGAUGAACCUCAUGUAGCAGGAAAUCCACAAGACGUUUCAACGCUAUAGAACCAUUAUUCAGAAUGUCUCUGAGCAAGACCCUCGAGCUGGAGCACUUUGAGGAACGGGACAAGGUUCGCCGGGGACGCUCCACCCGGGCCAAGAGAGAUGAGUCUACAAGCAGCGCUGGUGGUGGGGGAUCUGGCCCCAGCUCCAGGGGCAGCAGCCUGGUUCCUAGCCCAGCCCACAGCGCCAACUGCAGCUAUUACCGGACCCGAACCCUGCAGGCGCUCACCUCGGAGAAAAGGGCCAAAAAGGUCAGGUUCUACCGCAACGGAGACCGGUACUUUAAGGGUCUGGUGUACGCCGUUUCCAGUGAUCGGUUUCGCUCCUACGAUGCGCUGCUGAUGGAGUUGACGCGCUCAUUGUCGGACAACCUGCAUUUGCCACAAGGCGUGCGCACAAUCUACACUAUAGACGGCAGCAAGAAGAUCACCAGUAUGGACGAGCUGGUGGAAG